ACUCAUUUUGCUUCGUAUGUAGUCCACUAGUGAAAUCGCUUAAAAAACUUAUAUUUAGGAACGGAGGGAGUAUGUAUGAAGCCAUGUUUGCACGGCGUUGACCUUCCCGGGCAUCUUUUCACUAAUGGCCAGUAUUGGCUUUAUGUGUAAGUGCACGGCGUGGCACACCAUUCUCGCAUUUGGAAGGCUGCCGGUGAACCGGGCAUCCAUUAGGCUUUCACCAAUUAUACGAAUGCCAAUAGACAAUAUCAAGUAGUAUGAUCCAACAGAUUUUGUUCUCAAAUGUCAGCCUAGUUGAUUAUUUUUUUAUGUUUUUGCGAAAAGCCUAGUUGGGUUUUAGAGAACACUGUUGCUAGUCUUUUUUUUUUUCUCUUCUUGAUUGAUGAAGCCUAUUUUGGAAUAUGUAUUCAUAUUUGUUAUAUGCAAGAAAGUAUGCUUUGAUCUUGCGAUUUCCUGUUACAAUGUCAAUAUGGCCUAGGGCCUGACAUGUGGGCCAGAAAAUAGUGGCAUCACCUAGGGUCUGACAUGUGGGUCCAACCAGUCAGAUUGGCCAUUACAAGGGUAGAUUUGGGCUAUGCUAAGUCAAAAGUUGUGGCAAAUUGUUAGAAGCUGCACUAAAAUUGUGGUUCCAUGUAAUUAUCUCUGUUUAAAUGUACUCCCUCCGUUUCUAAAUAUAAGUCUUUAAAGAGGUUUCAUUAGUGGACUACGUACGAAAGUAUAUAGACAUACUAUAAGUGUAGAUUCUAGGGAGUACUCACGGCCUCGUUACUAAACAAGAAUCAUGUCAGCUGCAUCUGGCGUUAUCUAAAGAGAAUCAUCAUUCUUCCAGUUCCACUUCCACUCCAUAUCACUCCCUCCAGCUCCAGCCAUGGCGUCGCUGACCACCAGCUCCUGCCUGAUCUUCCUCCUGGCGCUCCUGCCCCCCCUCGCCGCGGUCGCCGUGCCGCGCAGACACCGCUUUCUGCCGCUCCAGCUCGCGCCGGUCAACGCCUCGGAGCCACCCACCACUUUCUUGGAGGUGGACCGCCCGAUCCAGCCGCCGCGCGGCAGCGUCGGGCCCUGCUCCGCGCUGCUCCUCUCCGACUCCUUCGGCUACACCUACGGCCGUCCUCCGGCCACCGCCUCCUACGUCCCGCCCGAGUGCCUCGCCGCCGCCCGCGCCCGGGGCGGGUCGCUCGCGCUCGCGGUGCUCGAGUGGAGCGCAGACUGCCGCGGCCGCCAGUUCGACCGCAUCUUCGGCGUCUGGCUCUCCGGCGCCGAGCUCCUCCGCAGCUGUACCGCCGAGCCGCGCCCCAACGGCAUCCACUGGUCGGUCUCCCGCGACGUCACGAGGUACGCGGCGCUUCUCUCCGAGCCUGGCGAGGUCGCGGUGUACCUUGGCAACAUCGUCGAUAGCACAUACACCGGUGUCUACCACGCCAAUCUCACGCUCCAUCUUUACUUCCACCCCACAACGCCGUCACCGCCGCCGCCGCCGCACUCCGAUUUGGUCCUGCCCAUCUCGAGAAGCCUACCUCUGAAUGACGGGCAGUGGUUCGCCAUCCAGAAUUCCACCGAUGCGCAGUCAAAGAAGCUUGCCAUUCCGUCGAACACCUACAGGGCGGUCCUUGAGGUGUUUGUUUCGUUCCACUCCAACGAUGAGGACUGGUUCACCCACCCUCCCAACGAGUACAUUGAGGCCAACAAGUUGUCUAGCAACAUUGGCAAUGGCGCCUUCCGGGAGGUCAUUGUUAAGGUCAAUGAAGACAUCGUCGGUGCUGUUUGGCCGUUCACUGUCAUCUACACCGGCGGUGUCAACCCGCUUUUCUGGCGGCCUAUCACUGGCAUUGGCUCAUUCAAUCUCCCAACAUAUGACAUUGACAUCACGCCAUUCUUGGGGAAGCUCCUGGAUGGCAAGGAGCAUGAGUUCGGGUUUGGUGUGACAAAUGCGUUGGAUGUAUGGUUCAUUGAUGCCAAUUUGCACCUAUGGUUAGAUCACAAGAGUGGAAAGACAACUGGGGGCAUUGUCAGCUAUGAUACGUCCACAUCGGCAAAUGUGGACUCGGAGUUCAGCGGGCUGGAUGGGCGGUUCAUGUCAAGCGCAAGCCGGCAUGUCUCCGCCACCGGCUGGGUGGAAUCGUCACACGGAAAGGUCAUGACAACUUUCUACCAGAGAUUCAGCUACAAAAACAGCAAUGUGUAUAGCAAGAACGGCAGCGAGCAAGUGGUGAACCAAACUAUCGACGUAAAGUCAGGCGUUUUCACCACUAACGGCGCCGUGCUGCACUCGGAAGAAGUAGUUCACCAGGUCUUCCCACUCUAUCUUUUCUCUGGGACCUCAGACGAGGUGGGUGAUGAGUACUCACUUGUUUCGGCUGUCAAAUUGGGCAUCAAUGAGAAGAGGGUCUCCGGUGGGGAGCAAGGCUUCUCCUACAGCUCUUUGCGGAAUGCACAGUCUGCGCGCGGUAGUAUGAGGGUGAAGGGGAAUCUGGUGACUUCUGGCUACGGAGAGAACCACCAGGUGUAUAAGUACCUGGGUACCCAUGGAUGCUACUUUAGAGAUGUGAGCAGCAAGAACUACACUAUCAUUUUCGACCACUCUGAUGACUCGUGCUUAAAGGGAUCUCGAGAUAAAGACUCCAGAUUGCCUUCCAGGUAGUUUAGACGAUCUGUUGAUCGAUCUGAACUGAUAGAGAGCCGAAUCAUCCGGGAAGUCAUCAAAUAAGGAUUGUAUAGGUUAUCUUAUGCCUCGUGUAGUCGUCUAGUAGGUUGAAGUCUUGGAAAUUUUGUUUUGAUAGUAACAUCAAAUGUAUCAUUGUCACAUCUAAUUUGGUUUGGAAUUA